AUGAUUUUUGUUGAAGUGAUUGCCAAUCCAUCAAUGGCAAUGCCAGAUCUUCUUGGAGUAAUAGAUGUAGCAAAGAAGAACAAGGUGUUCUGUUUUGUGGAUGCCACUUUUGCUUCACCGAUUUGCGUACAACCACUCGUACUUGGAGCAGAUUUCGUAAUGCAUAGUUGGUACGUUCUUUAAAU